UAGCAUCAAAGCCUUGUGCUUUCAGAAGCGGAAGCCGCCUUGGACGGAUGGAAACCCUUAUUUAUCACUGUAUAUAUGUUGAGGAGCUUAAGGCGGCAGCUUCAGCGGAUGAACAUCAGAAAUGCCCAGGAACAGCCAAGGACGGUGACAGCCACGAUUGUCCUGACAACUACAAUACAUUGUGUGGUUUUUUCCGGCUAAUAAGAAAAGGGGUCUCUGUUGUUGUACGCAAACCUGUUGAAAGAGACGCGGAAGAUCCCGGAGUGGGAGGAUCCCGAGCGGCCGGAGGUCAGGCAAAUCUGUUAUUUCCAGUUAAUUACAAAACCUGUUGCAAUUUGAUCAGGUUCUUUUAUCUGGUGCUUCUGAUAAUUCUGGGGAAAGGAUCUGAGGAAUUGAGGAAGAUAUAUCGAAAAAAGCAGACCCAUACAUGGUCUGUUCAGAUAGUCGAACGACUUCUUCACCACGCUUCCACGUAUGAGUACGAGUAUGAUGGGAGAGACCCACAAGAAGACGAAGGCUAUAGUACAACGUCGUCACAGGAUGACACCGCUGCAGCAUCAAUCAAACCUAGCAGCACCAAGGACAAAGGUAACGAUGAGCAGAAUCCUAAAAGGAGGACAACGGAGACUCCUAUCUUAGUGGCUGCAAAGAAUGGUGUGAUGGAAAUAAUAGAGAAAAUUGUGGAGUUAUUUCCGGUGGCCAUUCACGAUCUCAAUGAAGAUAAGAAGAACAUAGUGUUAUUAGCAGUGGAACACAGGCAACCUCACGUGUAUGAGUUCUUGCUCAAAAAGAAUAUUUACAAAGAGGGUUUAUUCCAUCAGAUGGAUAAGGAUGGAAACAGUGCGUUGCACUUGGCAGCCACACUUCGUGAGGACAAGCCGUGGCUCAUUCCUGGCGAAGCUCUUCAAAUGCAAUGGGAACUCAAAUGGUACAAGUUCGUGAAUGAGUCAAUGCCGCCUGAUUUCUUUGGCCGAUACAACAGGAAGAACGAAACCCCAGAUGUUGUGUUCACCAAUACUCACAAGGACCUCACAAAAACGGCCGCCGACUGGCUGAACAAAACCUCAGAAUCAUGCUCGCUAGUAGCCGCACUAAUUGCCACGGUGGCCUUUGCCACGGCAGCCACCGUGCCCGGCGGAUUCUUCGAGAAAACAGGCCACCCGAUCCUUGAAGAUAAACCAGAAUUCCAACUGUUCGCCAUCUCAUCACUCGUAGCCCUGGGCUUCUCCAUCACGGCCAUGGUGAUGUUCCUAUCUAUACUCACUUCUCGAUUUCAAGAGAGAGACUUUGACAAAGACUUGCCCAGGAAGCUAAUGAUAGGUUUGACUUCCUUGUUCGUGUCGAUUGCUUCCAUGUUGGUGUCGUUCUGUGCUGGACAUUUCUUCGUGCUCAAGGAUACACUUCAUUAUCUUGCUCUUCCAAUAUAUGUGGUGACUUGCCUCCCUGUGACCCUUUUUGUUUUGGCACAAUUUCCACUCUACUUUGAUCUUCUAUGGGCUACCGUUACGCAUGUUCCACAACGUAGCUACAGGCCCACCACCUGACUUCAACAUGUCUCAGCCUGAUUUGAUCAGUGUACAAUUGAACACUUAAAGUCUAUCGCAUGUGUGUGCUUU